AUGUUCAUCAAACUUUUUUUUUAUUUCUUCAUUCUCGCAAGGUUCAUAUUAUUUCUCCUGAAUACUUUCAAAAUAUUUCGAACUCUCCUCAUACUUCUCAUUAUUCCCAAUGUUAUUAUCUUUCAUAAAGCACUGCCACAUUUUUCAUUCACCUCACUUCAAACUUCUCACACAAUGAUCAUUUUUGUCUCAUUCUCUUCCCACAUCACCUUCAUUCUCCUCUGUCUAAUACUCAUUCUCUUCUCGCAUCCUCUUCAAUCUCUCCAGUAUAUUUCACAUUCGCUUCACGCAACUUCUUUCACUCUCUUAUCUAAUGCUCAAUCUUUUCAGGAAUCGCCCCUUCACUCUCCCCUGACUAAUUCACAUUCCAUUCACGCAUCACUUCACUCCCCCCUGUCUACUUCUCUUCAAGCAUACCUUCACUCUCCCCUGUCUACUUCUCUUCAUGCAUCCCUUCACUCUCCCCUGGCUACUUCACUCGAUGCAUCCCUUCACUCUACCCUGUCUAUUUCUCUUCAUGCAUCCAUUCACUCUCCAUUGUCUACUUCACGUUCCUCUCACGCAUCCCUUCACUCUCCCCUGUCUACUUCUCUUCAUGCAUCCCGUUACACUCCCUUGUCUACUUCUCUUCAUGCAUCCAUUCACUCUCCAUUGUCUACUUCACGUUCCUCUCACGCAUACCUUUACUCUUCCCUUUCUACUUCUCUUCAUGCAUCCAUUCACUCUCCCCUGUCUACUUCUCUUCCUGCAUCCAUUCAGUCUCCCCUGUCUACUUCUCUUCCUGCAUCCAUUCAGUCUCCCCUGUCUACUUCACUUGAUGCAUACCUUCACUCUCCGCUGCCUACUUCUCUUCAUGCAUCUCUUCACUCCCCCCUGUCUACUUCUUUUCAUGCACUAUUCACUCUCCCCUGUCUAAACUCUUCAUUCAUCCCUUCACUCUCACCUGUCUACACAUUUCAUGCAUCCGUUCACCCUUCCCUGUCUACUUCUCUUCAUGCAGCCCUUUACUCAACUGUGUAUACUUCACUUCAUGCAGCCCUUCACUCUCCCCUGCCUACUUCUCUUCAUGCAUCCCUUCACUCUCCCCUGUCAACUUCUUUUCAUGCUUCCCUUCUCUCUCCCCUGUCUACUUCUCUUCAUACAUCCCUUCACUUUACCUGUCUACUUUUUUUAUGCAUACCGUCACGCUCCCCUGUCCACUUCUCUUCAUGCAUCCCUCUCUCUCCGCUGUCUACUACUCUUCAUGCAUCCAUUCACUCUAUCCCGUCUACUUCUCUUCCUGCAUCCCUUCACUCUCCCCUGUCUACUUCUCUUCAGGCAUCUUCACUCUCCCCUGUCUACUUCUCUUCAUGCAGCCUUUCACUCUCCCCUGCAUCUUCACUCUCCCCUGUCUACUACUCAUGCAGCCCUUCACUCUCCCCUGUCUUCUUCUCUUCAGGCAUCUUCACUCUCCCCUGUCUACUUCUCUUCAUGCAUCCCUUCACUUUCCCCUGUCUACUUCUCUACAUGCAGCCCUUCACUCUCGCCUGUCUACAGCUCUUCAUGCAUCCCUUCACUCUCUCCGUCUACUUCUCUUCCUGCAUCCAUUCACUCGCCCCUGUCAACUUCACUUCAUGCAUCCCUUCACUCUCGCCUCUCUACUACUCUUCAUGCAGCUCUUCACUCUCCCCUGACUACUUCUCUUCAUGCAUCUCUUCACUCUCCCCUGUCUACUUCUUUACAUGCAGCCUUUCACCCUCCCCUGUCUACUUCUCUUCAUGCAUCCCUUCACUUUCCCCUGUAAACUUCUCUUCAUGCAUCCCUUCUCUCUCCCCUGUCAACUUCUCUUCAUGCAUCCCUUCACACUCCCCUCACUGUCUUCUCUACAUGCAUCUAUUCUCUCCCCUGUCUACUUCUCUUCAUGCAUCCCAUUCUCCCCAGUCAACUUCUCUUCAUGCAUCCAUUCACUUCCCCUGUCUACUUCUAUUCAUGCAUCCCUUCACUCUGCCCUGUCUACUUCUCUUCAUGCAUCCAUUCACUGUACCUGUCUACUUCUUCUUCUACUUCGUCCUCUCCUCAUCCUUCACUCUCCCCCUGUCUACUUCCUUCAUGCAUCCUUCACUCUCCUUGUCUACUUCUUCACUCAUCCCUUCACUCUCCCUGUCUACUUCUCUUCAUGCAUCCCUUCACUCUCCCCUUUUACUUCUCUUCCAUCUGCACUCUCCCCUGUCUACUUCUCAUCAGGCAACCCUUCACUCUCCUCUGUCUACAUCUCUUCAUGCAUCCCUCACUCUCCUCUGUCUACUCUCUUCAUGCAGCCCCUCACUCUGCCCUGUCUACUUCUCUUCAUGCAUCCAUUCACUGUACCCUGUCUACUUCUCUUCAUGCAUCUUCACUCUCCUCUGUCUACUUCUCUUCAUGCAUCACUUCAUCUCCCCAGCAUCUCUUCAUGCAUCCCUUCACACUCCCCUCUCUACUUCUCCACAUGCAGCCCUUCACUCUCGCCUGUCUACAUCUCUUCAUGCAGCCCUUCACUCUGCCCUCCCUUCACUCUCGCCUGUCUACAUCUCUUCAUGCCUUCCUUCACUCUCCCCCGUCUACUUCUCUUCAUGCAUCCCUUCACUCUCCCCUGCCUACUUCUCUUCAUGCAUCCCUUCACUUUCCCCUGUAAACUUCUCUUCAUGCAUCCCUUCUCUCUCCCCUGUCAACUUCUCUUCAUGCAUCCCUUCACACUCCCCUCACUACUUCUCUACAUGCAUCUAUUCACUCUCCCCUGUCUACUUCUCUUCAUGCAUCGCUUCAUUCUCCCCAGUCAACUUCUCUUCAUGCAUCCAUUCACUCUCCCCUGUCUACUUCUAUUCAUGCAUCCCUUCACUCUGCCCUGUCUACUUCUCUUCAUGCAUCCAUUCACUGUACCCUGUCUACUUCACUUCAUGCAUCCCUUCACUCUCCCUUGUCUACUUCACGUCCUCUCACUCAUCCCUUCACUCUCCCCUGUCUACUUCACUUCAUGCAUCCCUUCACUCUCCCUUGUCUACUUCACGUCCUCUCACUCAUCCCUUCACUCUCCCCUGUCUACUUCUCUUCAUGCAUCCCUUCACUCUCCCCUGUUUACUUCUCUUCAGGCAUCUGCACUCUCCCCUGUCUACUUCUCAUCAGGCAACCCUUCACUCUCCUCUGUCUACAUCUCUUCAUGCAUCCCUUCACUCUCCUCUGUCUACUACUCUUCAUGCAGCCCUUCACUCUGCCCUGUCUACUUCUCUUCAUGCAUCCAUUCACUGUACCCUGUCUACUUCUCUUCAUGCAUCUUCACUCUCCUCUGUCUACUUCUCUUCAUGCAUCACUUCACUCUCCCCAGUCAAAUUCUCUUCAUGCAUCCCUUCACACUCCCCUCUCUACUUCUCCACAUGCAGCCCUUCACUCUCCCCUGUCUACUUCUCUUCAUGCAUCCGUCAACUCUCCCCUGUCUACUUCUCUUCAUGCAUCCCCUCACACUCCCCUGUGUACUUCUCUUCAUGCACCCCUUCACUCUCUCCUGUCUACUUCACGUUCCCGUCACGCAUCCUUUCACUCUCCCCUGUCUUCACCUUUUUCCAUUCACGAAUUCCUUUAUGUAACCCCUUGACUCUCUCCUUCCAAUUCGCAUUUGCUUCACGCAUUCCCUUCUCUUUUAUCUGUCUACUUAGCUUUUUUUUACUCUUCCUUGUUUUCCUCACACUUCUCCUUCAGUCCACUGUCUACUUCUUGUUCUCCUCACGCUUUCCCUUCAUUAACCCCUCUCUACUUCUCGUUCUCUUCUCGCAUCCCUCCAACUUUCCCUUUCUACUUCUCUUUAUCCUCACGCAUCCCUUCACUCCCACCGUCUCCUUCUCGUUUUUCUCACGCAUCUUUUUUCACUCACCACUGUCUACUUCAUUCUCUUCACGCGUCCCCUUCACUCACCUUGUGUCUAGUCUCACUCUCUUCAGGUAUCCCAUUCAUUCUCCCUUGUCUACUUCUCAUUCUCUUUACCUGCUCUUUCCUCUGUCUGCUUAG